GAGGUUUCGCAGCGUUUCUGCAGUUUGAUGUGUGGGCAAAUAUGUCUGCAUCGGGAGGCGGUACGAGAGGCUUUUACUUCAACACAGUACUAUCGCUGGCCCGCUCUUUAGCUGCCCACCGUCCAGCGCCGGUCGAAAAGGUCCAAAAGCUGCAAUGCAUGUGUCCAGUGGAAGUCAGGGGCGUGUUCACUCUGGACGUAAGGCGCAGAGAUGCUGUGGUUGCGCUGGCUGUGUUUCUGGUGGAAUCCGGCCUACAGCACAAAGACACACUUGUUCCCUACUUGCUGAGCCUAUUUAGAGGGCUGCCACGGGUCCAGUGGAUUGAAGAAAGGUCGGGCAAUAAAGGAAAGGAAUUUCUCCCGGUUGCGGAAAACUUCAGCUACUCUCUGGUGACUCUUUUGUCGGAUGUGGCUCAGAGGGACCCAGACUCCCGACAAGAGAUCAUGAACACUAUAAUGGAGGUCAUGCAGUCACUGCAGGACAUGUGCCAAACACCUGACGAUCAUGAUAAAGUCUACUUGUGCAGGUACGUCGUCCCCAGCCUGCUCGGCAUGACUCGGGCAUUUGGCCGGUACAGUUACACAGACGAAGCCCUGCUGUCCAAGCUGUUCCCCAAAGACUCUCCCCGGGCCCGCUGCGUCCCGGAGGAAACCGAGGGGGUGCGACGCAGGUCCUUCAACGACUUUCGCUCCAUCAUGCCGUCGUCGCUGCUCACAGUGUGCCAGAGCGACAGUCUGCGCAGGAGGACCGCCCUGGAUCACUCUGCACAGGUGUGUUCAGAUUCAGGGGGCCACUCGCCCUGCUCUCCCACAGCUGCUGGACAACAUUUCUUUGAAGGGGCCUACCUCCCGGACAGCAGCACACUGGACCCCGACCACUAUUUCUCAGCAGUCAGCUCCAGUUUCUCAGUGUCUCCUCUCUUUAUGGAGGCUGAAGACGAGGUGGAGGUACCUGUGGAUCUGCUUCGACAGCUCCUGAGCAUGGUGAAGAAGUUUGUGUCUGAGACGUUUUUGAAAGCUCUGGAUGCCAUCAUGACGGAGGUUGGAGAGUCUAAUCCUGGAAUCAACUUCUACUACAAAUCCUUCAGCGACACUCUCUAUGUGUGCAUGUUCAAAAUGCUGCGGGACACUCUGUACUAUAUGAAAGCCUUGCAGCCAGCCUUCGUACGGCAAGUGCAUGACUUUGUGCUGGAGCAGUUCAGCAGCAGCCAGUCAGAGCUCCAGCGGGUGCUUCAUGACACCGGAGGGUUGCCGGUGGAGCAGAGCCCCCUCAAGCUUCGUUGCCAAGCCAACGCCGCCUGCGUGGACCUCAUGGUGUGGGCUGUCAAAGACGAGCAAGGAGCCGAGAAUUUGUGCACCAAACUGUCAGAGAAGCUGCAGUCUAAAACCUCCAGUAAAGUCAUCAUUGCUCACAUGCCUCUGCUCAUCUGUUGCCUCCAGGGCCUUGGUCGUCUGUGUGAGCGGUUUCCAGUCGUCGCUCACUCUGCCGCCACCUCUCUCAAGGACUUCCUUGUGGUUCCUUCCCCUGUCCUCAUAAAACUCUAUAAGUAUCACAGCCAGUACACCACAGGCACAGGAGAAAUAAGGAUAAACGUGACCAAUGAGCACUCUCAGCCCACCUUCAACCUGCUGUCGAACAGGAAGGAUCAGCCGUCCAUGUACGAGCAGCUCCGGGAUAUUUCCAUCGACAACAUAUGCAGAUGUCUCAAAGCUGGUCUCACCAUGGACAACGAGAUAGUGGCGGCCUUUCUGGCAAGUCUGUCUAAUCGGCUGUACAUUUCCCAGGAGAGCGACAAGGAUGCCUAUUUGAUCCCAGACCACACCAUCCGAGCCCUGGGCCAUAUUGCAGUGGCCCUGAGAGACACUCCUAAAGUUAUGGAGCACAUCCUCCAAAUCCUUCAGCAGAAGUUCUGCCAGCCUCCAUCCCAGCUGGAUGUGCUCAUCAUCGACCAGCUUGGCUGCAUGGUCAUCACGGGAAACCAAUACAUCUACCAGGAGGGCUGGAACCUGUUCCAGCAGAUCAGUGUGAAGGCCAGCUCACUGGUCUACUCGUCUACCAAGGACUACAGAGACCACGGCUACAGGCACUGCUCUUUGGCAGUGAUAAAUGCUCUGGCCAACAUUGGAGCCCACCUCCAGGGGGAGCAGCUGGUGGAUGAGCUGAUGGUGAACCUUUUAGAGUUGUUUGUGCAGCUCGGCCUGGAAGGAAAGCGAGCCAGUGAGAGGGCCUCGGACAAAGGCCCCGCGCUGAAGGCAUCAAGUAGCGCCGGGAACCUCGGAGUCCUCAUUCCAGUGAUUGCAGUGUUGACCAGACGGCUUCCGCCGAUCAAGGAGGCCAAGCCGCGCCUCCAGAAGCUGUUCAGGGACUUCUGGUUGUACUCUGUGGUCAUGGGUUUCGCUGUGGAAGGAUCAGGGCUUUGGCCAGAGGAGUGGUAUGAAGGCGUGUGUGAGAUUGCCACCACGUCUCCUCUCCUCACCUUUCCCAGCGGAGAACCUCUGCGCUCCGAACUGCAGUACAACUCCGCCCUGAAAAACGACACAGUCACGCCAGCUGAGCUAAGCGAGCUCCGGUCGACGGUCAGCAAUCUCCUGGACCCCCCGCCUGAAGGGUCCGCCCUCAUCAACAAGCUGGACUUCGCCAUGUCCACCUACCUGCUCUCCGUUUACAGAUUAGAGUACAUGAGGAUGCUGCGGUCCAAUGAUCCUGACAGAUUCCAGGUCAUUUUUCGAUACUUGGAAGACAAAGCCAUCCAGAAAGACAAAUCUGGCAUGAUGCAGUGCAUCAUUUGUGUCGGCGACAAGGUGUUUGACGUCUUCCUGCAGAUGAUGGCUGAGAAGCCAAAGACCAAAGAGCAUGAGGAGGAGUUAGAGCGUCAUGCCCAAUUCUUGUUGAUCAACUUCAACCACAUCCACAAGAGGAUCCGCAGAGUGGCGGACAAGUACCUUUCUGGUUUGGCUGAGACAUUCCCCCAUCUGCUUUGGAGUGGCCGCGUCUUGAAGACUAUGCUGGACAUCCUGCAGACUCUCUCCCUGUCUCUAAGUGCGGACAUCCACAAGGAUCAGCCAUAUUACGACAUUCCAGACACCCCGUACAGCAUCACCGUCCCUGACACAUACGAGGGCCGAGAGAGCAUAGUGAAGGACUUCGCCGCUCGCUGUGGUGAGAUCCUGAAAGAGGCCAUGAAAUGGGCCCCUUCAGUCACAAAGUCCCACUUACAGGAAUACUUGAACAAGCACCAGAACUGGGUGCCAGGACUGUCCCAGCACACUGGCCUGGCCAUGGCCACAGAGAGCAUACUGCACUUCGCCGGGUACAACAGACAGAGUACUCCGCUCGGCGCCACCCAGCUGACGGAAAGACCAGCAUGCGUGAAGAAGGACUACUCCAACUUCAUGGCGUCGCUCAACCUGCGCAACCGCUACACAGGAGAGGUCGCUGGGAUGAUCCAGUUCUCGAAGGCCACACAGUGCCAGUCAGACCUCACCAAGCUGAUGAUCCUUCAGAUGACUAGCGCUCUGGACCGAAAAGACCCAGAGGCCUUCACCCAGACCAUGUUCAAGAUGGCCGCUCUGCUUAUAACCACCAAAAACUGCAACCCUCAGCUCCUGCACCAUCUGUGCUGGUCUCCUCUGAAGAUGUUUACCGAACACGGCAUGGAAACGGCUAUCGCCUGCUGGGAGUGGCUCCUGGCCGGACACAACGGCGCGGAAGUGCCAUUCAUGCGUGAGAUGGCAGGAGCCUGGCAGAUGACAGUGGAGCUGAAGAUGGGCUUGUUCUCUGAGGCUAAGGUGGAGACCGGCCCUCUGGCUGUGUCAGAGGAGAGUCGACCGGCCCCAUGCGCACCCGACGUUGUCCCCCACUUCCUCUGGAUAGAGUUUCUGGUGCAGAGGUUUGAGAUAGCCAAGUACAGCAGCGCUGACCAGGUGGAGAUUUUCACCGCCAUUAUGCAGAGAUCUCUGUCCCUAAGUGUCGGAGGGCCCAGAAGCACCCUGAACCGACAUGUUGCUGCCAUCGGACCAAGAUUCAGGCUGCUGACUCUAGGUCUGACUCUGCUGCAUGCUGACGUUGUAACUAACGCCACCAUCAGAAAUGUUCUUAGAGAGAAGAUCUAUUCUUCCGCUUUUGACUACUUCAGUGUCGCUCCCAAAUUUCCCACUCAGACUGAUAAGCGGCUGAGGGAAGACAUCAGUAUUAUGAUCAAGUUCUAUGCCAGUCUGCAGUCCGACAAGAAGUACCUGGCAGCCGGACAGCUGGUCCCCUCGGAUCCCCUAGACAUGUCAGUGAACAGCCUGUCCGUCAUGGCGGGCACAGAUAGCAGGAACAGUCUGGAUGCGGCCAUGGGCCAGAGGCAGCAGGCGGCUCAGGGGUGGAUCAACACCUACCCUCUGUCCUCCGGGAUGUCCACCAUAUCCAAGAAAUCAGGUCCGUCUAAAAAAAGCAACAGAGGCACUCAGCUGCACAAGUACUACAUGAAACGCCGGACUCUUUUAUUGGCUUUGCUGGCCAACGAGAUUGAGCGGCUGACCAUAUGGUACAACCCGUUGUCCGCUCAAGAGCUCGCUAUUGCCACGGAGCAGUCGGUGGAGACCAGCAUCGCUAACUGGAGGUCCAAAUACAUUAGUCUGACGGAAAAACAGUGGAAGGACAACAUCAACCUUGCCUGGAGCAUAGCGCCUUACCUCGCCCUGCAGCUGCCUGCCAGAUUUAAAAACACAGAGGCGAUUGUUUCUGAGGUGACCCGACUGGUGCGAAUGGACCCGGCUGCUGUGUGCGAUGUUCCCGAAGCAGUUAAGUUCCUGGUGACGUGGCACACCAUCGAUGCCGACUCUCCAGAGCUGAGUCACAUACUGUGCUGGGCCCCUGCAGAUCCCCCCACCGGACUGUCCUACUUCUCCUCCAUGUACCCUCCUCACCCGCUCACGGCCCAGUACGGGGUCAAAGUACUGCGCUCCUUUCCCCCUGAUGCAAUUUUGUUUUACAUUCCUCAAAUUGUCCAAGCGCUUCGUUACGACAAGAUGGGUUAUGUGAGAGAGUACAUCCUGAGGGCCGCUCAGACAUCUCAGCUGCUGGCUCACCAGUUCAUCUGGAACAUGAAGACAAAUAUAUACCUGGACGAGGAAGCGAACCAGAAAGACCCCGACAUAGGGGAGCUGCUGGAGCAGAUGGUGGAGGAGAUCACCACCUCUCUGUCCGGUCCGGCUCAGGGCUUCUACCAAAGAGAGUUCGACUUCUUCAACAAGAUCACCAACGUCUCGGCCAUUAUCAAGCCGUUUCCCAAAGGGGAGGAGAGAAAGAAGGCCUGCCUGGAAGCCAUGUCCCAGAUCAAGGUCCAGCCUGGCUGUUAUCUUCCCAGUAACCCAGAGGCCAUAGUCUUGGAUAUAGACUACACGUCUGGGACCCCCAUGCAGAGUGCUGCCAAAGCGCCCUACCUGGCCAAGUUCAAAGUUAGGAGGUGUGGAGUCAGUGAGUUGGAGAAAGAAGGUCUGAAGUGCCUCUCAGAUUCUGUGGAUGAGACAAAGAGUGAAGAUGAGGCAAAAAGAAUCUGCUGGCAGGCGGCCAUCUUUAAAGUGGGAGAUGACUGCCGACAGGACAUGCUGGCUCUUCAGAUCAUCAGCCUGUUCAAGAACAUCUUCCAGCUGGUGGGCCUGGAUCUCUACGUGUUCCCUUACAGAGUGGUGGCCACGGCCCCUGGAUGCGGAGUGAUCGAGUGCAUCCCAGACUGCAAGUCCCGGGACCAGCUGGGCCGACAGACGGACUUCGGCAUGUACGACUAUUUCAGGAACCAGUACGGAGAUGAAUCCACUCUGGCUUUCCAGAAGGCGCGGUACAACUUCAUCCGCAGCAUGGCGGCUUACAGCUUGCUGCUUUACGUGCUGCAGAUAAAAGACAGACACAACGGCAACAUCAUGCUGGACAGCCAAGGCCACGUCAUCCACAUUGACUUUGGGUUCAUUUUUGAAAGCUCUCCUGGUGGGAACCUGCGCUGGGAACCCGACAUCAAGCUGACCGACGAGAUGGUGAUGAUCAUGGGCGGGAAGAUGGAGGCGACGCCUUUCAAAUGGUUCAUGGAGAUGUGCGUGAGGGGAUACCUGGCCGUGAGGCCCUACAUGGACGGAGUGGUCUCCUUGGUUACGCUCAUGCUGGACACUGGCCUCCCUUGCUUCAGAGGACAGACCAUCAAACAGCUGAAGCAGCGGUUCAACCCCGGCAUGAGCGAGAAAGACGCAGCCUCCGAAAUCAUCAAAGUCAUCCAGAACUGCUUCCUCAGCAACAGGAGUCGGACCUAUGACAUGAUCCAGUAUUACCAGAACCAGAUCCCGUACUGAGCAUGUGCAUAUUUUAGCUGGUACAUAGUGUGCGUGUGUGCUCGUAUGUGCCUUUUGUUGAUGUUCAACAUUGAAGAUUGUGGCUCAUGGUUUCUGCUGCGGGUUGGAUGUUUUCUUAUUUCCUCUCAAACCAUUUUUCUUAGUUGUCUAUCCCCUUAUUUAUUAUUUUCUAAACCAAUGUUGUUUUUAACCGUUACGUUAUUGCACUUGCAUCUUGACUUCUGUGCGCUUUGGUAAAAUAAACCUUCUCGUUAAUUUGCACAUUCCGUAAAUACCUAAUUAGAUAUUUGGUGCCGAUUUUGAAUCUCUUGUCAUGUUUGUGAACGUGGAUUCCUUGAGUUGUUGAUUUUAGGGGUUUGGAGUGGAAUCAUACACUUGAAGUAGCUAAAGAAGACCGCUUUCAGUCCUGACCAGUGUGGCCUAUUGCGUCAUCUUGUACCUGACGGUACUACUGUGUUUUUUCUUUGACGGACCGAUCUGAGUACUUUGAUCUGUAGCAUGGUACUGUAUGUAGACGAGUACUGUGUGUAUUAUGGGGUGUCUGUAUUUGUAGUUACCACGGGAAACUUAUGCACACAAGUUCUGGGAAACAGGGUGGGUUAGUGUUUUAUAUUUAGCGUUGCCAAAGGGAGGGGGCGGGGGGUAAAUGAUGCACAUGAAUCAAACUUUUCCAUUGUUUGUGCAUGAAGGUGAAACACAGCUUGAAUGUCGGGCAGUUGCAUGAAGUUAAGCGUAAACUACCAUGUGGCUUUUGGUGGGAGCUUCUUUCGUAAUCCAAAGUGCUGUGCCCCAUGUCCGUGUGGGUAGCUUAAGCCAUCUUCUGAUGUUACUGAUUCUAAAGAUUUUGCCUCUUUGUAUAUUUAUAGCCAUAGCCCAUUUUCAUUCUCCUUUUCUAUUGUCAUGCCUUUUGAAUGAGAACGCAUGAGAUAAAAAAAAUCACAUAAAUAUCUAUUGACUUAAAAAAAUUG